AUGUCAGAACCAAACACAGAUGAGCAGCAAUGGGGACGAGUACUCAUAUGUGGAGGUAUCAACUGGGCUACGAAUGGCCGAAAAGAUCGUCCAGCUAAUUCAGCUGCCGAUUUACUUUCACCUGUGAUUCUGAGAUCAUUGUCCAAUGUGAAAGUAACGAAACUUAUCACCGGUCCAUCAGCGAACUAUGCUGUAGUUCUAGAUAUAUAUGGAGCCGCAUACAUAUUUGGUAAACCGCCUUCACCGUCUUUAGCUUCUGCGCCAGAUGGUAUAAUAUCCGAACAUGCUCCUGUCAAGAUCUCUCCUUCAUCGGUAGGACUGACGAAAGGCGCAAAAUUCGUCCAUGGAGCUGCUGGACGAGGUCACGUCUUAUUGGUUGAUAGUCAAGGUGAUGUUUGGGGAUGUGGAAAUAACGUCGUCGGACAAAUUGGUUUGCCUGUGACGAUGCUAGUGCACAAUUUCACGAAAGUCACAGGGCCGUGGUCGAAGAAUCCCGAAAGCAAAGUGAUCCAAGUGACAGCGGGCAACACAUUCUCUUUGUUCUUGACUUUGACUGGUCAGGUAUACGCGUCUGGAUCAAGCGAAUGUGGACAAUUAGGAAAUGGUAAAACAGGUGAACGAUUAGUGAAAGCUGGAAAAUUGACAUAUGACGUCGAAGUACCUCCUCGGCUAAUACAAGGAUUUGAGAAGAGAAAGAUCGUUCAGAUAGCUUCUGGAAAUCAACAUUCUUUAGCAUUGGACGAAGAAGGUUAUGUUUAUGCUUGGGGUUAUGCCGGUUAUUCAAGAUUGGGAUUACAAGAUCAAAAAGAUCGGUUGGUGCCUACUAUAGUACCUCAUUUUGCAGGUAAUAAUAUUGCUACUCGUGCGGAGUCGAUACUAUGUGGACCUACAAGUUCCGUAGUGGUGGACAGACAGAAGAUGAUGUUGAUAGCUGGAAAAUUCAAGCUUACUGGUGAUGGUUCGACUGGACAGCCGUACACUUAUUUCAAAUAUAUACAGGAGCUCAUGGCUUGUAAGGUUCUAAAAGCGUCUUGUGGAGGAUGCACACACUUUCUCACGACAUCUGCGGCGGGUGGAGGGGUAAUGACCGUAGGAUUUGGACAAGGCUGCCUGUAUGGCGAAUUAGGAUUAGGUCCCGAUUUAGGGAAGUCAGCUACCAAACCACAAGUAAUAGAACCGCUAUCCGGAGCUGAUGUAAUAGAUGUGGCGGGAGGAGCGUUCUUCUCACUGUUCCUUGCUCAACCGAAUGCAGCCCUGUCAGAGAUUGACAGAUAUCCUGAACAUAUCGAAUCUCCUUCAACAUGUUUAGCUUGUGAUGAGGAUAGAUAUAAUGAAGAUCCAAUGGAAUGUGAGAGGUGUGAUUCACCGUAUCAUCCAGAUUGUCUUGAUCCGCCACUGGACGGUCCUCCAGAUGGGGAAUGGUUCUGUCCAGCAUGUUCGAUACAGGCUGACGCGGGACCCGACGAGCCUUUUGAGCCAAUCUCAUCGAAUAAUCAAAAAGUCAAAAACAAGAAUACAGAGGCUUCUCCUACUUUGGCAGAAAGAGCUAUUACUCCAAAGAGUAGUAUUGUGAAUUCACCUAAGCCUGAAAGUGUAAGAUCGAAUACUCCCUCAAAUAAGAGAAAAGCUAGUGAAAGCGUUCAAGGCUCGGCGAAGAAACAGAGAUAA